AUGGGGAGGGGUAGGGUGGAGAUGAAGCGGAUCGAAAACAAAAUAAGUAGACAAGUUACUUUCUCAAAGAGACGAUCCGGUUUGUUGAAGAAAACCAACGAGAUCUCUGUGCUAUGUGAUGCUGACGUCGCAUUAAUUGUCUUCUCUUCAAAUGGCAAGCUCUUUGAGUACUCCACUCAAUCCAGCAUGGAAAAUAUAUUGGAAAGAUAUGAAAGUUACUCAUAUGCGGAGAGGAACUUGAAUACAACUUAUAAGGAAAACUGGACUCUCGAGUACCCAAAGCUCAUGGCAAGAGUUGAACUUCUGCAAAGAAAUAUAAGGCAUUUUAUGGGAGAAGAUCUGGAUGCCUUUAAUCUGCGUGAAUUUCAGGGUUUAGAGCAACAACUCGAUACAGCUCUGAAACGAGUGAGAUCUAGGAAGAAUCAACUGAUGCAUGAGUCCAUUUCCCAGCUGCAGAAAAAGGAAAAAGAACUGCAAGAGCGAAACAACUUAAUUUCUAAGAAGCUUAAAGAAAAUGAGAAGAAGCAAAUUGUGCAAACAAAUCCAGGCCAAAGGUCUACCAUGACUUUCUUGCUACAAUCUCCCUCAGUCACUAACCUAACAAUUGGAGGUCCUUCUCAAGCAACGGAUGAAAGUCAAAAUCGCGAUGGUUACAAUACCUUGAUGCCUCCAUGGAUGUUCCACCAUGUCCACAACAAAGGAUGAAAAGUUAAUUAAUUUAUAUACAUAUAAAAUCGCAAUUGUAUGGCUUUGUUGUACUAAUUAGUUGUAAUCAAUCUGUAAUUAAUUUUUGUCUACUUGUUUUGCUUAAUAUGAAGCAGAUGAUGAGCUAACAAAUAGUCUUAAUAGUUAUUAUGAACUAUUAGAAAUGUCACCUUCGUUUGUGUUUGAUACUGCUGAAAAUAUUUUUUU